GUUGAGGUAUUACUAGGCUCGGCCAAAAGCACUGACUUGCAGAGGGCUGCAGCAGCGCGUCCCUCCGUCUCUACCUCAAUAGUUUUCACGGCACCCAAAAUGCAGGCUAUUGACUUAAACCUUAGGAUAUCGUCUACGCACAGAGCGCAGCUAGCGGUGCUUCCUCGCGUCGGUCUGCAUCCCGUGAGAGGAGCGACUCGCUGCCGGGCGUCGACUGGCCCAAAGUCAACAUUGUCCGGGAAAUCGCCUAUAGAGCAGCCUGCUCGGCUAUGGGGGCGGCCAGGCGCGGUCAGCUCGGAGCCGGCCACGUCAACGUCCACACAACACCGGGGCGGGCGUCCCGAUGGCCCCGAUGACGACAAGCCGACCUGGGGUGUCUUUGACCUGGCGCGCUAUGGCGAGCGAUGGGACGUGCCGUGGGGCGCUGGGCGCGUGGCGGGUGGGAUGGCGCUGUGGUUUGGCAGCUUCGUGGGCGUGGGCUUUGUGCUGGUGCCGCAGCUGUACCGCGCAGCCGGCGUGUCGCUCUACGACCUGCCGCCCGAGGACAAGGCCACCUUCACGCUGGUGUGCCAGGCGGUGGAGACCGCCGUCAGCCUGCUGCUGGUGCGCCUACUCACAGCCGGCCCCAUCGCCCGCUCCGGCGCCAGCGAGCAGCAGCUGGGGCUGUUCAACUUCAGCCCCGCGGCGCCCUUCUCCAAGCCGCGCGGCUGGGCGUUCUGGGGCCUGUGCGGCGUGCUGGCCUCGCCGGCGGUGGUGGGCGGCAUGGCCUCACUGCUGGGCGCGGUGGGGUACGAGAAGGCGGUGGGCGGCCAGGGCACUGUGGACGGGGUGGCUGGCAUGAUCGACCUGGACCUGCCCACCUACCUGUCGCUGCUGGCAGUCACCGGGGUGCUGGCGCCCAUCCUGGAGGAGACGGUGUUCCGCGGCUUCCUGCUGACCAGCCUCACCCGCUUCAUGCCCACCUGGGCCGCCGUGGUGGCCUCCUCCGGCUUCUUCGGACUGGCGCACUUGUCGCCGCGCGACCUGCCCGUGCUGUCCGCGCUGGGGCUGCUGCUGGGCUGGAGCUACGUGCGCAGCCGCAACCUGCUCACGCCCAUCCUCAUCCACGGCGCCUGGAACAGCGGAGUGCUCACGGUGCUGUUCUGGCUGGCCAGCGAGGGAGUGGACGUGCAGCAGCUCAUCUCGGAUCUGAGGGAGGCGGCUGCAGCUGCCAGCUGAGGACUUCGGGGUGGCAGAUGGUGGGGGAUCGUCGAUGCCAGCCCAAACUACACCGAAUACAAUGCAAAAGAGCGAGGAGGAGAGCCGUGGCGUGAGGGGAGCGCGUGCUGCCGGCAUCCCCAGCAAGGAACAUGCGAUGCUAGGACGCAGCCAACAUUGUUGUGGGAAAGCAGCGCGGCGGCAGUGUCCGACUACCGCCGCGCUUGGCCUUGCGGUGGUGGAGGCCAGCCAGGGUCGUUUUGACGCAUGGGCUGACGCUGGCUGGAGUCGCCUGUUGGAGUCUUAGGGUUAGGCAAUGUGCAAGUGCUGUGGAUGCGGCUGUGCGCCGCCUAGCGGUGUUCUGGGUACGAAGUCAGGAUUGGAGCCAUGGCGCCUGCGGCCGAUCUAAUGGUGCCAGGCACCAUCUACAAACGGCCGGGCCACAGUCGAAGUUACGGGCAGGUAGUGCGGAAGUGCGAAGACGCGCAUGUCUUGAUAUUGCUGGCGGUUUGGAAGGACUAUGGAUGCGUACUGAUACUGGUGGCCUCCACAAUGUCGAGCAAGUGCUGGCACAGUAGGACCUGGCCGUACGUGAGCCAGUGAGCCAGCACUCGGCGGCAUCAGCGUCGCCCGUUGCGCUAGCGCGACUUCCCAUGCGAGGCGUGGCGUCGUGUGGUUCCUCACACCAAGCAUUUGCGCCUGCACACCUUGGCUGUACAUGCAGCAGACCGGUCGGUGGGCUUUAGCGGGCUAUUGCCUGGCUUCAGCGGGGCUCUCUUGCACUCGCGGUGACCAGGUCCGGAUAUCGGGUGUUGCGUG